GGAGACAGGUGUUAGCAGUGCAGCCGCAGGUGUGUUGGUGGCAUGAUGGUGAAGGCUAUACUCUCUGCACAUCCACAUCACCACAACCACCACGUCAUCUCACUCAGACCUGGAGGCAUUUCUGUUCAGUCAAGGGAGAGAGGAAGGAGUCAGUCAGGAGGUGUUCCCAGGGAGCAGCAUCGCCCGUGGGCGUCGGAGCCACCAUGGGGGAGGGCAAUAACAGAGGCCAGGUCACCUUCGACGAGAGCCACGUCAACAUCAAGCUGCCAAACAGAUGUCGCCGGUGUCACGCCUACAACGAGGACCCUGAGGCGCCGUCGCUGCGGGAGAGUUUCGUCAUCCUACUGCGGCAGAUGACUCGCUCCCCUGGUGACGGCUGCUUCGUCUUUACCCUGGCGCUGCCCUGCCUCGGGGUGACGGCCGUGUGCCUGCUGCUGCUGCUGCUGGCUGGCUAUACCACAGUGUCGGGCGCCAUGCUGCACUGCACGCUGUUGCUGUUGCUCGCCUGGCUCUGCGUCGUGCAUUACUUCGGCCGCCGCUACGCCAGGCUCUACUCCACCGAACACGACAUUCUCCUGCUGGAGGCUGUUUGAGUGGUCUUCCACCGCCACCGCCACCCACCACCACCACCAUCAUUACGUCAUCUCCACGCCAGGCUCUACAGUACACGAACACGACUUCCUCCCGUCAUCACCGUUGCUAGUGUCAUACUGAAACAUUGCCCCGCACCUCCACUGCAUUCAAAACUCUAAAUUGAAGCAAGUUGUUUUUUAAGAUUAACAAGAUCUUUAUAUUGUGAAGGGACUGUUGAGAAUUCAGCUACUCAUCAAUUUUUUUUUUUUUUAUUUAUUUUUUAUUAUACUAGUCGCGGUGAGGGGAGCGGAAUGUUUCUAGUUAAGAGCCCUGCACCAAUCAUCACAUCCUACACUCACCAAGGAAAACAUGUUAAUCUCCGCUUUCCUUGCCACUAACCGUUGUCACCACCACCACUAUCACCACCACUAUCACCACCAACAUUGCCGUCCAACAUCACCAUUACCAUCUAUUUACACCACCUGCUGUUCCCACUACCAUCACUAACACCACAACUAUCACUACUUUGUCAAGGCUUUACUACUAACGCCAUCAUCGCCAUCACCACCAUCAUCAGGAAAACAAUAAAAAAAAAAAAAAAAAAAAAAAAAAAAAAAA